AUGUGACACAAUCAUCAGCUCUCUCACACCUCACACCCCUUUCCUGGAAUAAAUGUCUUGUCACCACCUGCUUUGACAGCCUGAAGUGAGAUCUUGGCAGCUGACCUUUGACCAGCAGAGCACCAGCCAGGAGUCCACCCAUGCCUGGGAAGCAGCUCCGAGACCCAUCCUGCCGUGAGCUCUGCACCUGGAUGAUGCCUGGGGGCAUGCUCUGAGCCCUCCACCACCACCAGACCCCCCCUGCAGGACCCCAGCUUCACAGUCCCCUGCAAUCCCCCUCCCCCUUCACGCCCGUGCUGGACUCCCUUACACAGCAGAACCCCCCCCACCAUGGCCUUCACGGGGGGACUGCCCGCAGCCUGGGCUGCCCUGCUGUCCCGCCUGCUGCGCACCCAGCCUCCAGCCGCCAUGCAGGAGGGUGCCAGGGGCCCCCGCCUGGCUCAGGUUUUGUCAGCGGCCGACCUGGUGUCUCUGGGAGUGGGCAGCUGCGCUGGUACCGGCAUGUACGUGGUGGCUGGGCUGGUGGCCAAGGAGAUGGCCGGACCGGGUGUCAUCGUGUCCUUCAUCAUUGCCGCAGUGGCCUCCAUCCUCUCAGGUGUCUGCUAUGCAGAGUUCGGUGUGCGUGUCCCCAAGACCACGGGCUCAGCCUACACCUACAGCUAUGUGGCAGUGGGUGAGCUGGUAGCCUUCUUCAUCGGCUGGAACCUGAUCCUGGAGUACCUCAUCGGCACAGCAGCUGGCGCCAGUGCCCUUAGCAGCAUGUUCGACUCGCUGGCCAACCACAGCAUCAGCCGCUGGACCGUGCACACCCUGGGGACGCUAAAUGGCCUGGGGAAGGGUGAGGAAUCAUACCCGGACCUGCUGGCCCUGCUGAUUGCUGUGGGCGUCACAUUGGUGGUGGCCCUGGGUGCGAAGAACUCCGUGGGCCUCAACAACGUUCUCAACGUGCUGAACCUGGCUGUGUGGGCAUUCAUCAUGGUUGCUGGCCUCUUCUUCCUCAACGGCAAAUACUGGGCGGAUGGCCAGUUCCUUCCCCAUGGAUGGUCGGGGGUGCUGCAGGGAGCUGCCACCUGCUUCUAUGCCUUCAUUGGCUUUGACAUCAUCGCCACCACUGGAGAGGAGGCCAAAAAUCCCAACACCUCCAUUCCGUAUGCCAUCACUGCCUCCCUGGUCAUCUGCCUGACUGCCUAUGUGUCUGUGAGCGUGAUCCUGACACUGAUGGUGCCAUGUGAGGCCAUUGACACGGAGGCCCCGCUCAUGGAGAUGUUUGUGGCCCAUGGCUUCUAUGCCGCUAAGUUUGUGGUGGCCGUGGGCGCUGUGGCUGGCUUGACCGUCAGUCUGCUGGGCUCCCUCUUCCCCAUGCCCAGAGUCAUCUAUGCCAUGGCCGGAGAUGGGCUGCUCUUCAGGUUUUUGGCCCAUGUGAACACACACACGGAGACACCGGUGGUGGCCUGCGUGGUGUCGGGCUUCCUGGCGGCCCUGCUGGCCUUGCUGGUCAGCCUGCGGGACCUCAUCGAGAUGAUGUCCAUCGGCACACUGCUGGCCUACACGCUCGUGUCCCUGUGCGUGCUGCUGCUGCGCUACCAGCCAGCGGGCAGGGGCCCAGCUGGGGGCCCGGGGGACCUCGACACACCUGAGGGGGGUUCCCCGGCUAGCAGCCAAGCCGAGCCUUUUCCGGGGGGCCAGGCGAACACCUGCGGGGCCCCCAACCUACCAUCAGUGGGGGACAGCGAGCUGCUCAUUGGGCCGCAGGGCCGGGCCGGGAGCUACGGCGCAGUGGACGGGCAGGCAGGUGGGGGGCCAACUGGGGGGCGGCUGCCCAGGCUGCGGGCGCUGCUAGGGCCCCACUACUACACUCUGCGGCUCGGCCUGGGGCUGCCCGGCCGGACAGAGAGGCCCACACCUGCCUCGGGCCGCCGGGCCGCGGUGUGCGCCCUGCUGCUGCCCCCACUAGCCGCUGCCCUGUGUGGCCUGCUGGCUUUCGGCUCCGAGCCGCUGGGCCGCCGCCGCUGGUGGGCGGUGCUGCUGGCCACGCUGCUGGCCGCACUGCUGGCCUGCCUGGUGUUGGCCCUGCUACGGCAACCGCAGAACCCCGAGCGCCUACCCUACAUGGCGCCUGGCCUGCCCUUCGUGCCCGCGGGCGCUGUGCUGGUCAACGUCUACCUCAUGCUGCGGCUGUCAGCCCUCACCUGGAUCCGCUUCGCAGUCUGGUGCUUCCUGGGUAUGCUCAUCUAUUUUGGCUAUGGCAUCUGGAACAGUAGCCUGGAGCUCAGUGCCCGGGAGGAGGCCCUGCACCAGAGCACCUACCAGCGCUAUGACGUGGAUGACCCCUUCUCACUGGAGGAGGGCUUCUCCUACGCCACUGAAGGCGAGAGCCAGGACUGGACUGGGCCAGCUGAGGACAAAGGCUUCUCUUACCAGCAGAUGUCAGAGGCCAGGCCCAGCCCCCGGACGGGCAUCAAAGCCAAGAGCAAGAGCAAACACAAACAGAACUCAGAGGCCCUGGUUGCCAAUGAGGAGCUGGAGUUCUCCCCAGAGUAGGUGAGAAGCAAACGUCAGGAGGUGUAGGGCUGCACCAUGGCCACAGGAAGGCCUUUAGGUUUGGUUCUUAUGUCAAAAGCCAGCCUUCCCCAAAGUCAGCCCAUCACACUCUGGCAUUUGCUACUUUUCUUCUGCAGGGGAGUUCUUCUAUGGAAGGGCUGAACCUGAGACCUCCAGCUGGCCCCCUUGUGAAAGUAAAUUUUAAAAG